CCUCUUCUAAAUCUUAUGAUUAUGAACCACAAAUAUAAUGAACCCUUUCCCAAACACCACCAACUCAAAACAAUUCACAGUAGCCGUCACCCAUUCCAUAAUACAAAACUCAACAACAAUGGUGAAAAUCAAUGAAGACAAGGUACUUAAAGCAGUAAACGCUCUUCUCAAAUGGAAAAAAUUUCAAUCCAGUAAAACCCAAAACCCACAAUCAUAUCAAGAAGAUGAAGAAGAAACACAAUUAGUAGAUGAUAAUUUCAUUUACCUUCAAUUAACUCUCAAGAAAAUCCCACCAAAAGAACUCACUAACCCUCACAAAAUCACUCUUUGUCACCCCAUUUCAACAUUCUCCAAUAUUUGUCUCAUCAUUAAUGACAAUCCCAAAAAACCCCACAACUCAAAAUACAAUCUUUAUGCACCCAACAACUCAAAAUCCAAACUUGAUGGACCCCAACGCUCAAAAUCCAAACUUGAUGUACCCCACAAUUCAAGAACCAAUCUUGAUGUUGAAACAGUUCAAAAAAAGAUCAAAUCUUUAGAAAUACCAAUUACUAAAGUGUUGAAGUUAUCCAAGUUGAAAGCUGAGUAUAAGCCUUUUGAAGCUAAAAGGGAUUUGUAUGAGUCAUAUGAACUGUUUUUAGCUGAUAAAAGAGUGGUUAAUUUGCUUCCAGGUUUAUUAGGGAAGCAAUUUUAUAAAAAGAAAAGGAAAGUACCUGUGCCUGUUGAUUUAAAGGGGAAUAGUAAUUGGAAAGAGGAGAUAGAAAGAGCGCUUUCGUCGACUUUGUUGUGUUUAGGGAAUGGGACUUGUAGUGUUUUGAAAGUUGGGAGAAAUGGGAUGGAGAGUAGUGAAGUUAUGGAGAAUGUUUUAGCGGCUAUUGAUGGAAUUAUUGAGUUUGUUCCGAAAAAAUUGGGUGGUGUUAGAGCUUUUCAUUUGAAGUUUUCGGAUUCAUUGGCAUUGCCUAUUUAUGAGGAUUUGCCUGAUCAAAGAGAAAAUAAUGAGAAGAAAAAGAAGUAAAGAAAGUGAAGAUUUUUCCAACUAGAAGUCUGACGCAUAGGCUGGAUCACAAUCAAAUGUUAUGUUUUGUGGUAAAUUUGGAUGAAAUGUUUCCAUUUUUAUUCUUACUAGGCAGUGAAUACAACAAUGUGUUCUUUUCCAUAUUGCUGUCCUUUUAUUGUCUGAUUUGAUCUAGUGUUUUUUCAAGUGGGAAAUUCUAUUGUUAUAUUUUUUGGUAGCUUAUCAGUGUAAUUCAGUUCAAUUUAUGAUAAAAGUGAGAGUUUCAAUCAUCACGUGCUCAAUAGGCCGUCGCUUCAUCCUUUUCUAUUUUAGCUAGUUUUUAUGUGUAUUAUACGUGCAACUAUUUCUACUCAUUGCGAUCAUGCGAGAAUGUUUUUUUUGGGUUUGUUCCGAAAAAAUUGGGUGGUCUUAGAGCUUUUCAUUUGAUGUUUUUGGAUUCAUUGGCAUUGCCUAUUUAUGAAGCUUUGCCUGAUCAAAGAGAAAAUACCGAGAAGAAAAAGAAGUAGAGAAAGUGAAAUCUUAGCUCAACAAUCAAAUGUUAUAUUUGGUGGUAAAUUUUGAUGAAGUGUUUCCAUUUUUAUUCUUACUAGGCAGUGAAUACAACAAUGUGUUCUUUUUUAUUGUCUGAUUUUAUCAAGUGUUGUUUCAAGUGGGAAAUUCUAAUGUUACAUUUCUUGGUAGCUUAUCAGUGUAGUCGGUUUAAUUAUGAUAAAAGUGAGAGUUUCCAUCAUCAUGCGCUUCAAAGGCCAGUUGUUUCAUCCUCUUUUAUUUCUACUCAUUGCGAUCAUGCGAGAAUGUUUGAGCUGCAUUAAAGGAAUUGUUGGGUUUGUUCCGAAAAAAAUGGGUGGUCUUAGACCGUUUCGUUUGAUGGUUUCGGAUUCGUUGACAUUGCCUGUUUAUGAAGCUUUGCCUGAUCAAAGUGAAAAUGCUGAGAAGAAAAAGCAGAGAAAGUGAGAUCUUGGCUCUUCAAAAAAAAAAUUCCAGUGCGUAAGUAAUUAACGCAUAGGCUCAUAAUCAAAUGCUAUGUUUUGUGGUAAAUUUGGAUGAAGUGUGUUCCGUUUUUGUUCUUACUAGGCAGUGAAUACUACGGUGUGUUCUUUUUCCUUUUGCUGUAGUCCUUGUAUUGUCUGAUUUGAUCUAGUGUUGUUUCAAGUGGGAAAUCUCUUAGUAGCUUAUCAGUGUAGGCGGUUCAAUUUAUGAUAAAAGUGAGUUUCAAUCAAUCAUGUGCUCAAAAGGACAGUUGUUUCAUCCUUUUCUAUUUUAGCUACUUAUGUGUAUUAUACGUGCAACUGUAAUAAUAUAGAAAGAGCAUGCUCGUCGACUUUGUUGUGUUUAGGGAGUGGGACUUGUAGUGUUUUGAAAAUUGGGAGACGAGGAAUGGAAAAUGGUGAAGUUAUGGAGAAUGUUUUAGCUGCCAUUGAAGAAAUUGUUGAGUUUGUUCUGAAAAAAUUGGGUGAUGUUAGAGCUUUUCAUUUGAAGUUUUCUGAUUCAUUGGCAUUGCCUGUCUAUGAGGGUAAGUAAUCGACGCAUACGCUCACAAUCAAAUGUUACCUUUUUUUUGGUAAAUUUGGAUUAAGUGUUUUCGUUUUUAAUCUUAUUAUUAGGUAGUGAAUACAACAAUGUGUUCUUUUUCCUUUUGCUGUCCUUUUAUUGUCUGGUUUGAUCUAGUGUCGUUUCAUAGUGAGAAAUUCUAAUGUUAUAUUUUUUGGUAGCUUAUCAGUGUAGUCGGUUCAAUUUAUGAUAAAAGCGAGAGUUUCAAUCA